CACGCAGACAACACCCUUGAAAGGUACUAACAAUCAUUUGGAUAUACUAACGAGGCAACAUGUCCGGUGGCGGCUAUAUGCACGUCCUAGCCUUUGACAUCUACGGAACCAUCCUGGACACAAACACCAUCAACGUCGGCUUACAAUCGCUUCUCGAUAUUGGCGAACAGAAGUCUACAGAGAUCUGCUUGUUGUGGCGUAGAUAUCAGCUCGAGUACACAUGGCGACUCAACAGCAUGGGAAUCUACGAGCCUUUUGACGUCGUAACCAGCCGUGCCAUCGAGCAUGCUUUGGCCGAGCAUGGAAUCAAGUUCGAUGAGCGUAAGAUCGUUCAGAUCAUGGCAGCAUACAACCGCCUGCAGGAAUUUGAUGAUGCCGCACCUGCGAUGCAGGAGCUCCGGAAGCUGCCCAACAUUGAAAUCGUGAUUUUCAGCAACGGCACAGAAGAUAUGGUCACGAAAGCACUCCAAGUCGACUCUCUCUCGACACUCACGAAGCGCAUGUUCCUCGCCGACGCAGCUCAGACCUACAAGCCCUCGCGCGCGAUCUACGACGGGCUCGUGCGGCACGUCAACGAAGGCGCCAGCCAGCCCGUCGCCGCGGACCACGUCUGGCUCGUCAGCGGGAACCCGUUCGACGUCACCGGCGCGCGCAGUGCAGGCUUGCAGGCGAUCUGGGUCGACAGGUCUAGCAGUGGCUGGAUCGACCGCGCGUCCCGGUUCGAGCCGACGAAAGUCGUGCAGAGCCUCGGCGAGGUUGUGGAAUUCGUCAGGUCGUUGUAGGUUGUGCGGUGCGCGGAGAGUGGUGGCU